CUCUCUCCAGUACAGCAGGUGGCAGUGUGCAGCUUUACUCUGCUCUGACUCAACACACAGCCAGAGGAAGAGGAUAAAGUGUCCAAACACAGAGAAAAACUCCUGCUGAAGCGACUGAUCUCCACACUGUUAUAAAGAUGGCGUUUAUUAAAGAGGAGAGUGAAGAUGUGAAGAUUGAAGAAACAUUCACAGUCAAACAGGAAGAUCUGCAGGAACAAACAGACCUAAUUGAAGAGAAUGAGGGGAGUAAAGAGGAGGAACAUCAUGUCAAAAUUGAGGAAAAAACUCAUUUACAGACUGAUGGUAUUUCAAAAAGGAGAGAUGAGAAUCGUUUCACUUGCACCCAGUGUGGAAAAAGUUUUGGAAGAAAAGGCUAUCUUAAGAUUCACAUGAUGAUCCACACUGGAGAGAGACCAUUCACAUGCACUCAGUGUGGGAAGAGUUUCAGCUACUCAUCAGACCUUAAUCAACACAUGAAGACCCACACUGGAGAGAAACCAUUUACAUGCACUCAGUGUGGGAAGAGUUUCAGACGCUCAUCACACCUAAAUGAACACACAAUGAUCCACACUGGAGAGAAACCAUUCACAUGCACUCAGUGUGGGAAAAGUUUCAUCUGCUUAUCAUCCCUUAAUAAACACAUGGUGAGCCACACAGGAGAGAAACCAUUCACUUGCACUCAGUGUGGGAAGAGUUUCAGCCAAUCAUCAUCUCUUAAUCAACACAUGAAGAUCCACACUGGAGAGAAACCAUUCACAUGCACUCAGUGUGGGAAGAGUUUCAGCCACUCAUCAUCUCUUAAUAAACACAUGAAGACCCACACUGGAGAGAAACCAUUCACAUGCACUCAGUGUGGGAAAAGUUUCAGCCAAUCAUCACACCUUAAUCAACACAUAAUGAUCCACACCGGAGACAAACCAUUCACAUGCACUCAGUGUGGGAAGAGUUUCAUCCGCUCAUCAUCCCUUAAUCUACACAUGAGUAUUCACACUGGAGAGAAACCAUUCACAUGCACUCAGUGUAGGAAGAGUUUCAGCAACUCAUCAGACCUUAAUAAACACAUGAAGACCCACACUGGAGAGAAACCAUUUACAUGCACUCUGUGUGGGAAGAGUUUCAGACGCUCAUCACACCUAAAUGAACACACAAUGAUCCACACCGGAGAGAAACCAUUCACAUGCACUCAGUGUGGGAAAAGUUUCAUCUGCUCAUCAUCCCUUAAUAAACACAUGGUGAGCCACACAAGAGAGAAACCAUUCACUUGCACUCAAUGUUGGAAGAGUUUCAGCCAAUUAUCAUCUCUUAAUAAACACAUGAGGAUCCACACUGGAGAGAAACCAUUCACAUGCACUCAGUGUGGGAAGAGUUUCAGCCAAUCUUCACACCUUAAUAAACACAUGAUGAGCCACACCAUUCAGAGAUUUACUUGCACUUAAGCCGCGGCCACACUAGAAUUUUCUUCCCAUAGACUUCCAUUCAUACGCACGCGAAUGUGUCAGACCGGAAAUGCAAGUUUGUGCGUUAAGUUUCGCAGUUCACUGCAUUGCAAAGUUCAAGCUUGGUGAACUCUGACCUGCGAAAUCACUUUACUUGACUGUGUGAGACUAAUCUGUGAGACUAAGAUCAAAACAUGACCUCUUUGGACAGAAAUUUAAAAUAUGGACCAAUCGCUCACUUUUUUCUAAUCAUCUUGUUUAAUCCUGCCCUUUUUCGCAGCACCGUUCAACAGAAUUUCGCCUGCUCAAACUCUAGUAUGACUGCAGCUUCGGUGUGGGAUGAGUUUCAGCAACUCCUCAGACCUUAAUAAACACAUGAAGACCCACACUGGAGAGAAACCAUUCACAUGCACUCAGUGUGGGAAAAGUUUCAACCGAUUAGCAAGCCUUAAUGAACACAUGAAGAUCCACGCUGGUGUGAAAGAGUAUAUGUGCUUUGAGUGUGCGAAGACUUUUAUUACAGCUCCAAAAUUGAAACUGCACCAGACGAUUCACACUGAAGAGACAGUACAAGUGUUCACACUGUGACAGGAGGUUUAAUCAGUUAACACAUCUGAAAACACAAAAGAGGAUUCACACUGAAGAGAAACUGUACAGAUCUGAUCAGUGUCUACAGAGUUUUGCUCAUUCGGCGCAGUUUAAGAAACACAUGAACAAAAAAAGUUGCACACGACAUGAAUGCAGCAAAACAUUUUCUCAUGUGCACAGGAUGUUUCAUGUCUGAAUAAUGUUUGAAAAGGCUGAGUGACUGUAUACUGUUUUCCAACACUCCUACAACUGCAGUAGGUGGGGUUGUAAAUGUGUUGUGCUCCUCACGUUUACCGUAAACACAAUGAUGGCGACUGAGAGAAGAACAGUUUUAUAAACAUCUGGCAAACAGCACCUCUGCGGCUUAAAAUCUCUUUGCAAGUGAUUGUACAGGUGCGGAUACAUCUGU